AUGCNNGGGCAUGAGCGAAGCACUUGCGCAGGUGGCUUACAAGUCAGUGUUGACUUUUCCCAGGCUUUUGAUCGAGCGGACAGAAAGCUCCUGGUGCAAGCAUUGGCUUUUCUUGAGGUUCCGGAUGACCUAGUGGACAUUAUCCUGCGGUGGGUGCAGAACACUCAUUUUCACAUCGAAAAGGCCGGGCAUUGCGUCAGCUAUCACUCCGGUUCAGGGAUCAGACAAGGAUGCAAGUUAUCACCGACGUUGUGGUGUUGCCUGUCAGUCUUUGUUCUACAUAAGCUUGAUCAGUGCUUUGACGCGGCAUGGUGCAUCGAACAUUUGCUGGGGUUCGCGGAUGAUGUCCACAUGCGCUGGGAGUUUCAGAACUGUGAGGGCUUACAUCAAGCUCGGCGAGAGGCGGGCGUGGCUCUGAGCUUGCUGGAGGACCUUGGGUUUGAUCUUAGUCGUGAUAAAACUGUAUGCCUUCUCAAGGCGGAGGGAACGAAGGUCCCUCAUCUGAUGCGCAAGAUCGUGCGCAAACAGACCAAACCGCCAGGCAAGCAGCUCAUCAUUGACUCCACGUGGACCUUGCCCCUAAAGCCUCAUCAUGUGUACCUGGGUGCAAUGAUAUCAUAUGGGUCUUUUGAGGUGCAAAAUGCACAGCAUCGCCGACAUGCUGGCCAGGCCGCUUUUGCUCGGCUGCGUCCCACUUUGAUGUCACAUCGAGCUCUCCCCCUGCAAAGGCGUCUACAUUUGUGGAAAACUAUUGUGGUGCCAUCGACUCUGUACUCGUUGGCGGCAUCGGGCUACACUCGCAAAUCGUUUGACCUGAUCAGGGUGAUGUUCGUUCAUGAACACAUGGUCGAGAAAUCCGCGACACUUUGCCAAAUCCUCGGGGAUGAUGAUGUCAGAGUCUCCAAAACCAUACUUGAUCGAGAGUCGCUCCUUCUCACACAGGUGCGCGAACUGGAAGCGCCGGAGGGGGCCGGUUCAGGUGAUCGGCUUACAUGCGAAUUUUGCAAUGCGCAGUUUGACAACGAUGCAGCCCUUCGACAACACAAGGCCAGGCUACACAGUGCAGAGCGCAUGCAAGCGGCGCCCACCCUCUUCGACAGGCAACUUCAUGGUACAGACGGCAUGCCCACCUGCAGUGGCUGUGGCCACGUCUUUAUGCGCUGGACCGAAUUGCAGAAGCACAUUGAAGAGAAUCACUGCCAGGGUCGUCGUGUGCCGGCUACUACGGAGCCGGAGGCCAAGCCAUCCAUCCUUCAGUUGACACAGGACGGAAAGCUAUCACUACAGACCAUUGAGCUGACGCUUAUCACCGAUUCACUCAGGCAGGAGGUUCUCUACCAUUGUGCUCUGUGUAGGCAGUGGAUUCCCAAAACAGGCAGUGUCAAGAGACAUUGGACGCGUGUUCACAAGGAAGAGUCUGCACAGCACCAAGCUCGAACCAUGCAAUGGAGGCGUCUGGCCUUUGACCACAUCAAGCCCAAACACACCAUCGUGACACAUGCCCGGUGCUCUUUCAACUCAGUAUGA